UCAAACCUAGAGGCUAAGUAGUUAGCAGUCAGCUGAGAGAACAAUCUUAAGGGUUUGUGACAUUAUUUGCGGAAACGACUCUUAUUAUUUUAUAUAAAUAUUAUUUUAGAUAGCGCGACUGCAAGUUUGUAAGAAAUGAUAAUGCAGUAGGUACGGCCAUGUUUGUUUUCGUGUUUGUAGUCGUUUCGACGUAAAUAGAACUAGUGCUAACUUUAGCCUGUUAGCAUUGGCUGCAGCUCUGGGGCUCCACACGGGUUCCUCUUCUGUGUAACCAGCUGAUUUAAGGACACUUCCAAAGAAACAAGAUGUUCCUGGUGGGGCUGACAGGAGGGAUUUCCUCAGGUAAAAGCACAGUGUCCUCCAUGCUGCGGGAGCUCGGCUGCCCAAUUAUUGAUGCCGAUGUUGUGGCCAGAAAAGUUGUGGAACCACACACUCGCGCCUACACUCGCAUUGUUUACCACUUUGGGCCGGAGAUCCUGCUGGAGAACGGGGAGAUCGACAGGCAGAAGCUGGGCCAGCUCAUCUUCGCCAGUGAGGAGAAGAGGAAGCUGCUCAACUCCAUCACUCACCCAGAGAUCCACAAAACCAUGCUGAAGGAAAUCCUCUUCUACUUUCUCAGAGGUCAUCGCUACGUUGUGCUGGACGUGCCUCUACUUUUCGAAACCCGACGUCUUACUCAGUUUCUCAACCACACCGUAGUAGUUUACAGUGACCCUGCCACUCAGCUAUCGCGCCUCAUGCAGAGGGACGGCCUGACCCAGGAGCAGGCCGAGCAGCGUGUGGCUGCACAGAUGCCGUUAAACGAAAAGCGCGGUCUGGCAAAUCACGUCAUCGAGAACUCGGGCAGCCGCGAGGACACCCACCGGCAGGUCCUGCGACUGCACACCAAGCUGGAGGACUCCAUGGACUUCCUCUUAGUGAGGGUCAUCGCCAUCACUGCCACUGCUGGUCUGAGUGGAAUUCUGCUCUAUGCAGCCAAGGUGGUUUUAUCCUAACAGAGGAUCAGCGCAAAACUAUGGGGGUUUGGUCCAAAAAGUGUGUUUGAGGAGCACGUGAAAUUAUGAGCAGGCAGGUUGUAUGUAGUGAGGAAAAGGUUUUAUUUUCCCCAGAUGUAAACAGAACUACGGGAAAGCCGAGGUCAGACUACACCAGAUUUGUAAAGCUUGUAAAGCCAGCUUCAACAAUCGCUGAACCAUUAGUUCAUGACACGGCUCACGUAUUUUAACAGAGACAUUCAACCUUUUAUCACCAUGAAGGGAAGAGAAUCUCAGCCCCGGCUAGGAGAGUCCUCAGUACCAAUGGUGCUUAUCCUCUGCUUAGUACCAGGCCCUAACAGUACCAGGGACCUAUUAUGAGCGGUCUAUUAUGAGUCUGUCCCAGACGGCUUUACCACUUUGGUCAUGUGGAAAGAAACAGGUAGCCUGACCUCGGCAAAAACACAACCUCACAUUGUUGACCUCACUUUUGUUUUGCUUUGUGUGAAGGGUUUCUAUGUGCAAUUUCUUUCGGUUGUGAGACACUAAAAUGCGAAGGUAUUUAACAGAGCCACACAGCUAGUAGAGCAAUGAUCCCAGCAGUGACGGAAGGUCGUAUGGGAAAACAGUUUAAAUCUUCCUUUGAUUCAUCCUUCAACUAAUAUCUGUUAACCAUCAUUAGGACAAUUGUACCAAUUGUGGCUCAUUUUAAUCUGAAAUAUGUUUUUAAUUAGACAUGUUGGUGAAAGUGAAGAUGAAGGCUUUUAUUUUCUUAUUUUAUUAACUCUUAAUUUUUAGGCUUUUAAAUUUUAUAUGACAUGAUCUGAAAUUCAGUCAAAUGUUGAAUAGGAACAAUCGGAUCCUUGUAGAAAUGACAGAAUGUAUUUGACAAUCCACUUUUGAUGGUAACAACACAAUGUAUCACUGUAUUUUCUUACACUUGAAGUUGUUCACUGUAAAAAACCAGGUCAGAUUCUUUUGUUUUUUUUCUCCACCACACACUCACACGUAACCUUUGACAUGUUAGCUGCUCAGCAUAAAUAUACUAAUGCAACGCCACUGUUUUUGAAAGGAACAACUUUCAGAUUAACGACUGUGAUUGUGAGUUUGACACUAAAGCACUGUUUUGUCUUGAGUAUCAAGGGGGAAGAGUUUUCUCACAUCCUGGCACUCAAAUAUGUAAUACGUUUUUGACAUCCGGACUAGUUUGUUCAUAAGAUAAGAAGGACGAACGACAUGUUCUUCCACAACACGUGAGAGUUGGAUCUUCAAGUCUCAAAAAUGGAUGCUGCACUGUUUUAGUUUUGAUCAAUAAAUCUAUGUAUCAUUUUUGAA